CCCCGCCCCCUCAGUGUCCGUCUCCUCCCCCUGCAGGUACUCUUAUCACAGCUGGAGCCAGCUCUCCCUGAGUGGUGACAGCUCUGCCGUGUACAGUGUGCGGUGCGGCUCUUCCGGUGGACGCUGCGGGGAUGAACCCCGGCGGGUACCUGCGGGGGACAGUGGACCUCGGGGGUCCCCCGGAGAUCCGUGACAGAGCGCACACCUUUCCUAGGUCUGUCUUCAUUGCUCUCCUCCUCCUGGGUCUGCUACAGGUUGGCUGCACGCUGGGCUUAUUCUUCUAUGUGAAGACACAGGUGGAGCCAAAUUUGAUGAAUAAGAAAGAGCUUCAGUGUUGGAGGACAAUUCUGAAGAAGGGAGAAGGAAAUGAAUGUGAAAAAGUACAGCUGGCAUUUAAUGAAGCAGUAGAAAAGGCAGUACAAGGGCUAAAGUCACAAAAGCAGCUUCACAUAGGGAAUGAUAUAAGCCAGGAUCCAGUCUUGUCGAGGAGCAAUAACCACCAGACAUGGCCAGCUGCACAUCUUACAAUAGCUAAUAGUACUUCAGGUGACAAUGCUGCAGUGCAUUUGAUGUAUUGGAAUCAUAAGGAAGGUUGGGCAAAUAUACAAAAUAUGAACUACAACAAUGGAACUUUAAAAGUCCUACAAGAUGGAUAUUAUUUUGUGUAUGCCAAUUUGUGCUUCAGACAUCACAAAGUGGCCCAGAAGAUCACCCAAGACCCUUUACAGCUUAUGCUUUAUGUCCUUAAAUCAAAUAAGAGUGGAAGACCUGCUGAAACCUUACUAAAGGGUGGACGCACUGCAACGUGGUCUAACAAUUCAUUGUACCACUUCUACUCGGUCUACCAAGGAGGUAUUUUUAGGUUACUUGCUGGUGAGGAAAUCUUUAUCAAAGCUUCUAGUGCAGCACUAUUGGACCCAACUCAGGAAGCAAGCUAUUUUGGAGUCUUCAAAGUUCUUGAUAUUCACCUGUAAUUGUUUUAUAUUAGCAGCUGAAAAAUUAACACUGGCUAAUCCAAAUGUGUUUGACAUUUCUGGUAUCCAGGUACUGUAAACCCUUUUUACAGUAAGUGUGGUUAUAUGUUAUACAGUGCCUUAUUUAUAUCUUAACUAGCAGAGUACAGUGUCACAAGCAGUACUAUGCUUAGUUAUUUUGAGGGCCAAUAUUUGACCAUUGAUUUUAAAGAGAUUGUUUUCAUGCUGGCAUGAGAUUUAUCUGUAUUAGCUACGGUAUUUAAUUUGUCUUUUACUAGGUUUAUACAAUGUUUAUUCAGAAACAUUUGUAUUGUUAAAUUUAUCAUGUAAUGUCUACUAACGUAAAUUAUGUAAUUGUAUUACAUUCAUACUGAAUCUAUAUAUAAGGUACCAGAAAUGAAUGCACAUUAUCAAUACGCAUAUUAUAUAGUAUUACUGUUUGAGUAGCUAUGGAUUUAACAUGUUUCUCACCUUGUGCCUUACUAUGGGUUUCUGUGACCAAUGCUGGUGCUAAAAUGAGGAGGUAGCUGACAAUUCAUUAGAGAUGAGCGAACUUACAGUAAAUUUGAUUCG